AUAUAUACAUGAGAUGGCUAUGAUUGCUCCUAAAAUACAGGGCUAAGAUACAAGAAAACAAGUUCAAACAUAUUACAGAUAAAUAGGGAUGAAUUUAAAAUUUGAGUGGCCGUUCUUUCCUAUUUUUAUGGAAUCACUGCAUCUCUUUAUCCUCUCAUCUCUUUAGUUUGAAAUACUCCCUAUCACUCCUUGUUUAACCGCAUCAUCUCCCAGUUUCCAUUCAAAAACAGCAACUUGAAUUUUUCUUCUUAUCUCCUUCAACAGAUAAUAAUCCAUACUUUUUACUUACAGAGACCUGAGCUUUAACAUGUUGACUGGUCAAAUUCCAGGGACACUUCAGGGUUCAGAUCUAGAUUACAUGUUUCUGAAUCACAACUCACUCAGUGGAGAAGUACCCAAUUGGAUUAUAAACAGCAAAAACUAUAUUGAUAUAUCAUACAACAACUUCACAAAGUCAUCUCCAUAUGGUUGCCAACCAUCCAGUGUGAAUUUAGUUUUGAGCCAUUCAUCUGCAGAGAGCAACUUAAUUGAGUGGUGCUUGAGGAAGGACCUCCCUUGCUCCAGAAAACCCGAGUACCAUUCUUUAUUCAUCAAUUGUGGAGGUGGAAAAAUAACUAUUGAGGGGGAUGAAUAUGAAGAGGACUUAGCCACAGAGGGUCCAUCAUACUUUUUCCCGUCUUCACAAAAAUGGGCUUAUAGCAGCACAGGAGUUUUCAUGGGGAAGAGCGAUGCUAGUUACAAAGCAGACAAUGAAUUAUCUUUGAACUUGACUGGCCCAGACUUCUACAAAACAGCCUGCCUAGCCCCUAACUCACUGAAGUACUAUGGACUUUGCUUGCAUUCAGGAAGUUAUAGAGUGUGCCUUCAUUUUGCUGAAAUAAUGUACACUGGUGAUCAUACAUUCAGCAGCCUUGGGAAACGCAUCUUUGACAUGUCAAUCCAAGGCAAUGUAGUUCUGAAGGAUUUUAACAUUAUGGAGGAAGCUAAAGUUGUUGGCAAAGGCAUAACCAAGGACUUUAGUGAUGUCUUUGUUAAUGGUAGUACUUUGGAGAUCCACCUGUACUGGUCAGGGAAAGGGACCACUGCAAUUCCUGACAGAGGUGUUUAUGGACCUCUUAUAUCUGCUAUCACAGUGAUGCCGAAUUUUGAUGUUCACAUUGCAGGACUAUCUGUUGGAAUUAUUGUUAGCAUUGUGGCUGCUUUGUGUGUGCUCCUAGCAUUUAUACUUGUUACCUUACGAAUGAAAGGUUACCUUGGGGGAAAAAACCCUAAAGAUGAAGGUUAAAUCUGAGUCAUCUGACACUUAAAAAGUUCUAGAAGUUCUUCUCUGUUGCUAUCUGAUUACUGUAAGUAUGUUGGAUUUACUGGAUAUCCUCAAGGUUUGUUAUGGGUUUUAUAUUAGUAAAAUUAUCUAGGGAUGAACAUCACAAGAGGAGCACAUAAAAAAAUUUGGUAACUCUGUAUGAGUGGUGCAAAGUUUAGCUUAUAGCCCCUAAAUGAAUAACAGUUUUGUGUAUAUAGAUAAUUUCUUUAAUUAACAAUGACACUGCUACUGUCUUCCAUAAGAAUAUUGUGAGCAUGAAACUCAAAAUCUAGUAUGUCAUUAGGACAUAUCUUUGUUGGCUGUGAUAAACAAACUAUCUCUAGAGUUCAACUAACAAGGUAAGGUGCUCGAUGAUGAAGAUGGUAUUUUUUAUCUUAGUGGUCACAAAACUAGUUCUGAUAUGGUCUGUCUAGCAUUGCAAACUAAAGACCGGUCGAGAAUCCUAUUUUUGUUGUAUUUUAUAUUUUCUUUCACUUUCUAAUAUCUUCCAUUCUGGGGAUUUCUAUUCCUACCAUUGUCACAGAAUUUCAAGCACUUGAUCUGCCAACAGGUUAUUUCAUAUUAAGACAA